AUGGGAGAUGAGGAGGAAAGGCAGCCGCCUGGUGUGUACACCUUGGUGACAGAAGCUGGUGAGCAGAAGACUUCCAUUGGAUUCACAGGCAAGGCAACAGCAAACUACGCCAAUGGAGACAUUUACGAGGGCUUGUUCGAGAACGGCAUAAGACAUGGCCAAGGAACGUACACGUACCUGAAGGGAGACGUCUUUUCCGGCACCUUCGACAACAACCAGAAAACUGGUUUGGGCAGAAUCGUGUACAAGAAGGGUGGCUACUACCACGGGCACUUCAAAGGUGGCAAGCGCGAGGGUGAGGGCACCUUUCAGUAUGCAAACGGUGACAUUUUCUCCGGUUGCUGGAAGGAUGGCAAGAAGCAUGGAUCCGGAACGUAUGUGUUCAACAAAACCAAGUACGAGUACAAGGGCGAAUGGAAGGAUGGGCAGAUCUCAACGGGAACGUGGACGCUCACCGAUGGCACGCAGUACCAGGGAACCUUCCAGAGCCAGAAGCCUUGCGGCGAUGCAACUUGGAAAACUCGUCAAGGUACCAUCGUGGAAGGAUCCUAUGUGCAGCAGGUAGUGCCAUUGGACUCAGCGCCACCUGCCAAGCCUGGCGAACCUCCGGCCGUAGUCACACGGUGCUUCUGGACGACUGCAGCCUUGGUGGCUGCAGAGAGCUAA